AUGUUGGCUGACCGUACUCUGGGCAUGGUGGAUCAGCUGCUGGACGGUGAGAGGCACCCCCUGCAGGGUGGGUCCCCCAUGAGGAGCUGCAGGACCUUGUCUGACCCUGCUUUAGGGGGCUCUGAUCCCAUGGAGAGGGGUUCCCAGCACUCCAGGAGACUGAAACCCCAGGCGGCCCUGCUCAGGCCUCUGACCCCAGCCCAGAAAGGCAGGUCUCCCACAAUUCCUGUCCCCACAAAAUCCUUCGGGCUCACCCUGCAAUUGUGGGAUGUGCUCAUCUUGGAGGGCGAGCGGAUACUGUCGGCCGUGGCGCGUGCAUCAUUCAGAAUACACAGGGAGCGACUGAUGAAGCUUUCCUGGAGCACCAUCUGGGAGUUUCAGGAGCGACUGUUUCAGAGCUGGGCCCGGGAGGACAACGUGGUCCUCAGGAACCUUCAAAACUCCAUGAAGGAACUCACAAGGAAACACUGGGACCUGCCACCCCCAGCAGAACUGAAGUGAGGGUCCUUGAGGGCGCCCCCUGGCAUUGGACCCCUAUGUGAGGGGUACAGACUGGCCCUCCCCACCCCACCAGCUCAGCUCCAGGGACUCAUGCCAUCAGUCCCUUGGGACAAAAGCCUUGUCCUCCCUGGCCUGAUGGAGCUGUCCCCAAGGCUGAGGCCAAGGCCCAGCAGCAAAAGGAGGCUUCACCAGAACCCAGGGCAGCAAGCCCCUCUGUGAGGGGCCCAGAGGCUCAAGAUGAGGCCAGCCUGUCGCCCAGUGAGGUCAGGCCUUGCACAUGAAAAUGCCUGUGCUGGAACUCUAUGCCACAGCUCCCAACAGACCUGGAUGUUGGGAGUCCAUGGUUCCCUAACUGCAAUUUUGAACAGGGCUACCGGGCCCGUCACUUCAACAUCUUACCUGGGGCAGCUCUGGAACCACAGGACAGGCCCAGCCCAGCAAGCCCACUGGGACCCCGACACCAGGCCCUGUCUGGGCUUAUGACAGGAUGCAGGUCGAGAGACACCCCAGCAGCAAGGUGGCACCUCCCUGCAACCCCCCUCAGUAGAAGAACUUGGAAUGGAAGGAGCCCAGACGGCAAACGCCCAGCUGCCUUCAGCCCCAGACGGCUG